AUGUCAUUUGAAGAGUUAGGCGUUUCAAAAUGGCUUUGUGAAGCACUAAAUUCCAUGAAAAUUUACAAGCCAACCUCGAUUCAGGCUGCUUGUAUUCCAAAAAUUUUACAUGGACAUGAUUGCAUAGGAGGUGCUAAAACUGGUAGUGGUAAGACCAUUGCAUUUGCCCUGCCAAUGUUAACUAAAUGGUCCGAAGAUCCAUAUGGAAUAUUUGGAUUGAUUUUAACCCCGACAAGGGAAUUAGCUCUUCAAAUAGCUGAGCAAUUUGCUGCAUUAGGUGCUUCGAUGAAUAUAAAGAUUUGUGUUAUAGUUGGAGGCGAAGAUAUUGUACAGCAAGCUCUCAAUCUACAAAGAAAGCCUCAUUUUGUGAUUUCCACUCCAGGUAGAUUAGCAGAUCAUAUAUUAAAUAGCGGAGAGGAUACUAUUUGUGGAUUACGAAGAAUAAAAUAUUUGGUCUUAGACGAAGCUGAUAGAUUACUUAGUAACAGUUUUGGAAGCGAUUUAGAGAAAUGCUUUAGCGUCUUACCUCCCUCUGAAAAAAGGCAGACUCUCUUAUUUACAGCCACUGUAACUGAUGCUGUAAGAGCUUUGAAAGACAAGCCUAAACCUAAAGGAAAACUUCCAGUUUUCAUCCAUGAAGUUGAAUCCAUUGAUAACGUUGCUAUACCGACCACCUUACAUUUAAGUUAUGUUUUCGUCCCUUCCUAUGUUAAAGAAGCAUAUUUAUAUGGCAUCCUAAUGAUGGAAGAGUUCAAGAAAGUAACUGCCAUUGUAUUCGUAAAUAGGACACAUACCGCUGAAUUUUUGAGGAGAACUCUUAGAAAAUUAGAGUUCCGUGUUGCUUCAUUACACUCAGAGAUGCCUCAGACGGAGAGAGUAAAUUCCUUACAUAGGUUUAAGGCAGGGGCUGCUAGAAUAUUAGUUGCAACAGAUGUUGCGUCAAGAGGUCUCGAUAUCCCAACCGUUCAAUUAGUUAUUAAUUAUGACAUACCUGCCGAUCCUGAUGAUUUUAUACAUCGAGUUGGAAGAACCGCAAGGGCUGGUAGAAAAGGAGAUUCGAUUUCUAUUGUUGCUGAGAAGGACAUUGAUAGAAUCCAGUCGAUAGAGGAAAGGAUUAACAAGAAAAUGGAUCUAUUAGAAGAGAUUGAUGAUAAUAAGGUCAUAAAAGAGUCAUUAAGUGCAGCUAGUAUUGCUAAAAGGGAAUCUAUAAUGGAAAUGGAUAAGGAAAACUUUGGGGAAAAAAGGAAAAUUAAUAAAAGGAAGAACGCAAAGCGUGAUGAAAGUCAAGCAUCAAAAAAAUCAAGAUCCUAA